AUGAGACUUCCAAGUAUUUAUGGAAACUCCAUAGAUUUGUUGGUUGUUUUAGUAAUUUUUUCAUUAUCCUUGGGUGUUAUUGCUGCCUCAAAAGAAUGGAAUCCAAAUAUUGAUUUUUUAAUUGCCACGAGUGCCACUAGUGGUCCUGGUGGCGGUGGUUUGGCAUCUGUCACCAUGACAAGUCUAGAUAUUACAGUUACAACAACGCAGCAAGUAACUUUUACCUACAGUUCAUCUCCUGCCAGCGCUGGAACUACAACCACAUACUCAAUCACAGUUAAUGGCGCGGUCGUCUCAACACCUUCAUGUGUUAGUGGAAAUACGUGCACAGUGUCCCCAGAGCAAUCCUUUACAAUCACAGUGGCUGCUGUUAACAAUGGCAUAACAUCUAAUUCAAAGUCAGAGUCUGGACAUCUUUUACCCGUGAUUGGUGCCCCAACUCUUUCAUUGACAUCAACCCCAACAACGAUCCUGGCAAGUUUUUCAGCAUCAGGUGGUUAUGGAGUUAUUCUCUAUACUGUUCUAUUGAAUGGCGCUAACUAUCAAUCAUGCGUAGGAAUCCAAGCCAACAGCUGUAAUAUGACUGGAUUGACUACUUUGGCAACCUAUACAAUUAAUGUUAAGGCGAUCAAUGAUGGAACCACUCAAAAUAGCCAAGUAUCAUCCACCAAGCUUUGGGAUUACAUUCAUAAUCCAGUUAUUUCCCUUUCCAGCAUUAAAACUACAUCUUUUAUUGCUUCCUUCAGCAUUCAAGGAGGAGAUCCGACAUUGACCAGGUACACCGUACAAGUAAAUUCUGUGAAUGUAGCUGAUUGUACCUAUACUACUUCAACGACUUGCGUGAUUUCCAAUUUAAUUGGGAAUACAGCUUACUCUGUGGAUCUGUUGGCCAUGAAUGAUGGUGUUUCAAUAGUUAAGUCGGUCUCCACUAUGACAUAUCCAACGAUUUCACAAUUACAAGUGACCGCCAGCAUUCAGAUUACAACAAUGAAAAUUACCUAUCAAACCCAGGGUGGUGUUCCAGGUGGAACAUUAUAUUCGGUUACUCUCAAUGGUAACCCAGUUCCAGGAUGUCAGCAAACAACAACAAAUUAUUGUUCUCUCUCAGGAUUAUCUGCUGGAACCAACCAAAGUAUCAGUGUAGUUGCAACUAAUGAUGGAGGUUCAGUUUCCCAAGCCCCAUUUUUCAAAACUUGCGACCUUCCAACAAUGUCAUCUCUUGAUAUUAUAUCACUGACUACCAAAACAGUUUCAUUCAUUUAUUCUAGCGCAGGUGGUGUUCCAGAUACACCGACAACAUAUAGUAUCACUGUCAACGGUAGCCCCUUAGGCAACACUGGAUGUGAUAAAGUAUCUCAAUGCAUGGUAUCAGGUUUGGCACCUGGCUCCACAGUUUCUGUACAAGUACUAGCCAACAACUAUGGUUUUAACUCAGCACCUAAGGUUGUUACUGCCAUACUUUUUUCUUUAGUGAGUGUUCCAACUGCCACAUUUGUGACGACAGCCAAUUCAAUCACAGCAAUCUAUUCCACAACAGGAGGUGUACCAAAUCUAACAACUUAUACAGUAUCGAAAGAUGGUGUGGCAUCAUGCACUUCAAUAAAUUCAACACAAUGUGUUAUUUCAGGAUUGAAUGAGAACCAAGGUUAUAACAUUACAAUCGAAGCAACCAACGAUGGAACUACAACUUCCAAAUCUUCGAUUGUUUACGCUUACGCUCCACUUGCAAACCCAGUUAUCAAUGCAAUUGUAAGAACUAAAUCAGUGAACCUCACAUACUCUGCAUCAGGAGGAAAUCCAGAUCUUACCUUUUACACUGUCAGUAUCAAUGGAACUGUAUCGGAUACUUGCCAAAAUACUCGUACCAAGUAUUGCUUAAUAAACGUGCUUCCAGAUACCACUUCUGUUUUCAUAGUUACUGCAACCAAUAAUGGAUCUUCCACAAAUUCGCAAAAAUCAGUAACAUCCUAUAAAUCAAUCAAUUCACCAUCAAUUCAAGCUUCAGCUAUUACAAUGAAUUCCGUUGUUGUACAAUAUUCAGUUUCUGAUGGUGUUCCAGGUGAAACUCUAUAUAGUGUCAGUUUCAAUGGUACUGCUUAUCCAGGUUGUCAGAAUAUUCAAAGUAAUUCAUGUCAAUUGGAUAAUCUCAAUUCUGGUACCACCUAUAUUAUCAAAGUGACCAUGACCAACGAUAAUGAUGUUCAAAGUGAUGAAAUUUCAAUAGGCACAUCAUAUCCAGAUCUCUCAGUUCCUACGGUCACAUACAUCCAAGAUAGAAAUAAUCUUGUUUUCCAUCUCAGCAGCACUGGUGGUGCACCUAAUCUAUCAGUUUACGAUGUAUUUGUAAACGGAACAAUCAUUUGUUCAAAUGCCAAUUCCCAAUGUGAUUUAUCGGUUUCAUUGACAGAACCACAAUUAUAUAAUCUCGAAGUCACAGUCAGAAACAGUGGAAAAUCAGCAACCAACAAACUUUCAAUCACACUAUACCCAAAUCCAACAUCAAUACAAAUAUCAGCCGUAACAAAUACCACAAGUGUCUAUGUUGAAUGGAGUCAAAGUUCAGGUGGAGAACCAGAUAAAACUAUUUACAAUGCAUCAAUCUCAUAUAAUGGAAUCGAUUGGGUAUCGAAAUGCAGUGGUAAGCAAUUAAAUUGCACUUUUGAUAAUUUGGCCUCGAGUACACCUUAUCAUUUCCAAGUUUUAGUGAUCAACUCUUAUUUCAAACCUAUCCCAACACAAGCCAGUACAACAACUCAAUCAUUACCAUCUACAAACUCAACUUGUGCAAUGAACAGAGGUGAACCAUCUUGUUCAAACAAUGGAAAUUGUUUAUCAGGUGUUUGUUCUUGCAAUCAAGGUUGGACUGGUAUUUUCUGUGAGAAACAAUAUACUCACACCGAAGUAACUCCAAAUCCAACGACACCAUCAUACGACACAGCCAUUCAAGGAGUUACAUAUUCAUUCUCACUCAACAAAAUCACCGAAAAAGACAAUGUUGGAACCACUGUCAAAGUAUUUGAUCUAUCGACAUUGAAAUGGACAAUGGUAUCCUCCACAAAUAUCACAGUUAAUAAUACGGCCACCGGAAAAGAAGUCAGAGAAUUGAAAUGGGUAUAUUCAGCAAUCAAUCAAGCAGGACUCGAUGGUGCUGAAAUUACGAUUCGAUUCUCACAAUACUUAAAGUUGGAUAAUGACAGCAGUACAACAUCAUUCCCAGUGGAAUUUGCAGGAAAAGACAUUCCAGUUCAAUUGGGAUCAAUGAAAUAUUAUAUGAGCAUCAAGAAUUGGAAUUUCGCAAGCAAAUUAAAUUACUUGGAGAUUGCAAGUGUCACCACUCGACCAAAGGAUGCAUCAUCAUGCAGUUCAACAGAGAAUCUUUCACAAAUUGAUUUCUCCAAAGAUACAGAUUUCACAGUUUACACGGUUGGAGAUGGUGCUGGAAAUUAUGUUGUUGGAAGACUUGUCAAUCUCGUUUUGUUGGAUACGAUCCCAACAUUAGUUUCACACAGUUAUUCAUUGAACUCAAGCAAUGGAGAUGUAAAUAUCGUUUCAAACGUUCCAUAUUUCUCACAACAAGUCGAUGUUGAUCCAGAACUUGAUAUGCUCGUUUCACCAACCCGUUCAAAUGAUAGUUGUAAGAAAGACGAUAACAAAUGGAAGAUUAUUACUGGUGCUGUCGUUGGAAGUGUUGUAUUUGUUGCCGUCGUUGUUGUAUCCGCUAUUCUAUUGGCAAAGAAAUUUAAAUAUCAUAGAAUCUUUAGAAAGAUUUCACUUUUGAAUAAAUAA